CCAUCCUCGCCUCAGCCAACAUGCUCGAGCCGCCACGGCAGCGCGCCGACACGGCGCUGCUGCUCUACGCCUUUGGCUCCUUUGUCGCUGCGCCGCUCGUGCUCUUCCUCUUCUUCGCGCUGCGGCACCGCGCCGCCGAGCGCGCCCUGCCCAUCUCGCUGCCCGUGCCCGAGGCCGCGCAGCCCGGCUGGACGGGCCGCGUGCUCGCCGAGCCCGCCAUCAGCGAUGCCAGCCGGCCGGACGUCAUCGUCUGCUACGACCCUGCUACCGCACAGCACAUUGCUGACCUGCCCGCCGACUCGCGCGAGCAGGCCGAGGACAAGGUGCGCCGCGCCGACGUCGCGCGCCGUGCCUGGGGCACGUCGAGCUUUGCGCGCCGCCGCCGCCUCUUGCGCACGAUCAAGAAGUGGUGUGUCGACGACAUGGAGGGCAUUGCGCGCGUCGCCUGCCGCGACACGGGCAAGACGGCUGUCGACGCGCUGCUCGGCGAGAUCCUCACGACGCUGUCCAAGAUCGACUGGCUUGUCGCGAACACAGAGCGUGUCCUGAAGCCCGAGGUGCGCUCCAGCAAUCUUCUGCUAGCCCACAAGCGCUGCGAGGUCCACCACGUGCCGCUCGGCGUCGUAGCCGCGUGCGUGAGCUGGAACUACCCGAUCCACAAUCUGCUCUCGCCAGUGGUCGCGGCGCUUGCUGCCGGCAAUGCCGUAGUCGUCAAGGUGUCAGAGCAGGUCGCCUGGUCGUCUUCCUACGUGCUCAGCGGCCUUCGCGCCUGCCUCGAGGCCUGCGGCGAGGACCCGGAUCUGGUGCAGGUCGUGUGCUGUUACCCGCAGAAUGCCUCAGCCGUGACGGCCAACCCGCUCAUCAAGCACCUGACGUUCAUCGGCAGCGAGUCGGUCGCGAAGCUCGUGGCUAUGGACGCUGCGUCGGCCAUGAUCCCGCUCACGCCGGAGCUCGGCGGCAAGGACCCGCUCAUUGCCCUGCCCGGCACCGAUCUGCCCUUCUUCGUGCCGACCUUCCUGCGCGCCGCCUUCGGUGCUGGCGGCCAGAACUGCAUCGGCAUUGAGCGCUUCCUCGUCGCUCGUUCCAUUCUGCCUCGCUUCAUCGAGCUCGUCGAGCCGCGCGUGCGUGCUCUCCAGCUUGGCUCGUUCCUCGACGACACGCCCUUCUCUGGCUCGCGCGAGAAGGCCAGCGCACACGUCGACGUCGGUGCAUUGAUCACGGGCGCACGCAUCCCCAGACUCGAGCAGCUCGUCGCGGAUGCCGUCAGCAAGGGCGCCCGCUGCCUCGUUGGCGGCAAGCGCUUCGUGCACCCCAAGCAUCCCAGCGGACAUUACUUUGCGCCGACGCUGCUUGUCGACGUGACUCCUGACAUGGAGAUCGCGCAAGAAGAGCUCUUCGCGCCUGUCAUGCUCGUGAUGGCGUUUGACACGACGGAGGAGGCGAUUCAGCUUGCCAAUGGCACGCGUUACGGCCUUGGCUCGAGCGUGUUCGGCUCAAACGAGAGGGAGUGCCGCUAUGUGGCGAGCCAGAUGGAGGCCGGCAUGUGCAACAUCAACGACUUCGCGUGCGGCUAUCUGAACCAGGGCUUGCCCUUCGGCGGCGUCAAGGCGUCAGGCAGCGGCCGCUUCGCCGGUCCGGAAGGCCUGCUCUCGUUGACCUCCACCAAGGCCGUCACGUCCGACCUGCUCUUCCGGCUGGUGCGCACGGCCAUCCCUGGGCCGCUCGACUACCCACUCGCCAAGCCAGUGCGCGCCUGGUCGUUCGCGCAGGGGCUGGGCACCUUCGCGGGCGGCAGCUCGCUCAGCGACAAGGCCUGGGGCCUCGCAGCGCUCAUCCGCGCCUCCUUCUAGACACCUUGUCGGGGUGGUGACAAACUCGCUUUUUCGCGGCGCUGCUACAGUUACAAAGGGGUGGCCAGAAUCCAGAGGGACACUCGUGGCGAGGUCGAAGCUAAGCGGUGAAAGA